GGAAGAUGCUGCAGUCCCUGGCGGGCAGCUCGUGCGUGCGCCUGGUGGAGCGGCACCGCUCGGCCUGGUGCUUCGGCCUGCUGGUGCUCGGCUACCUGCUCUACCUGGUGUUCGGCGCCGUGGUCUUCUCGUCCGUGGAGCUGCCCUGCGAGGACCUGCUGCGCCAGGAGCUGCGCAAGCUCAAGCGCCGCUUCCUGGACGAGCACGAGUGCCUGUCGGAGCCGCAGCUCGAGCGCUUCCUCGGCCGCGUGCUGGAGGCCAGCAACUACGGCGUGUCGGUGCUCAGCAACGCCUCGGGCAACUGGAACUGGGACUUCACCUCCGCGCUCUUCUUCGCCAGCACGGUGCUCUCCACCACAGGCUAUGGCCACGCGGUGCCCUUGUCAGACGGGGGCAAGGCUUUCUGCAUCAUCUACUCGGUCAUCGGCAUCCCGUUCACCCUCCUCUUCCUGACGGCCGUGGUCCAGCGCGUCACCGUGCACGUCACUCGCAGGCCCGUCCUCUACUUCCACAUCCGCUGGGGCUUCUCCAAGCAGGUGGUAGCCGUGGUGCACGCCGUCCUGCUGGGCUUUGUCACCGUGUCCUGCUUCUUCUUCAUCCCCGCCGCCGUGUUCUCUCUCCUGGAGGACGACUGGAACUUCCUCGAGUCCUUCUACUUCUGCUUCAUCUCUCUGAGCACCAUCGGCCUGGGGGAUUACGUCCCUGGAGAAGGCUACAACCAGAAGUUCAGGGAGCUGUACAAGAUCGGGAUCACGUGUUACCUGCUCCUGGGCCUCAUUGCUAUGCUGGUCGUUCUGGAGACCUUCUGUGAGCUCCACGAGCUGAAGAAGUUCAGGAAGAUGUUCUACGUGAAGAAAGACAAAGACGAAGACCAGGUUCACAUCGUGGAGCACGACCAGCUGUCCUUCUCCUCGAUCGCCGACCACGCCGCAGGCGUGAAGGAAGAUCGGAAGCAGAGCGAGCCUUUCGUGGCCUCCCCGCCGGCCUGCGCGGACGGCUCCGCCCUCCACUGAGCACCGCUCAGUCUCAGCGCCAGGACCACGGCGCGACAAGCCUCCGCUGUGCCCAUUUCCGAGAAUGUAUGAGCCAAGAUGAUGUUAUUUUAAGAAAUAUCUACUUUUUGCAAUGUUUAACAAAAACGGAACAAAGAGCUUUUGGACUCUAGAGGGAUGUCUAAUGUCUGGGAAAUGCAAUGCGCACCUAUGAUUUAUAGGAAACGUGACCCCCCCAGACGUCUCUCUUAGGAGAAUACUUGAAGAAGUGUGUGAUAGCAGAAGAAAGUAGAUUUUAUACUCUUCUUUGGGGACCUUGGGGUUUGCAUUGAAAUCAUUUUGCUGAUGGCUAAAUAGCAACAUUUAUAUUUAAAAAAGGCGAUAGAGAUGUAUUUUAUAAAUAGGUUUAAGUGUUCUGGCUUGCACGUGCCUAUCCAAAAUGAUUAUUUUUGUAGAAUCCAAGCUAACCGUACUGUUUAUAAUGAACAGGUUUCCACUUGCUAUGUACAUAUGAAGUAUAAAUAUGUUUAUGUCCUGUACAUACAUGUAGGACACCAGAUUUCGCAGUACUUCUUAACCCAAGAUCAUAGAUAUUUUUCUUUUGAUUUCUCUUUAUACUAAGGAAUCCGAAUUGAUGCCAUAAGGGGAAAGCAUAAACUUAAGACUGAGUCACUGUAAUAUUCUAUGACCAUACGUGUCUCUACCAUUUCAUGAUAGUAUGACAUCCCAUGUUGAGAGCACUCAUCAGUGUUUCUUUGGAAAAGGACGAGCAGUGAAGAGGAGGGUUGUUAGGUUGAGACUUCGUUUGGAAACACACUGUGCUCUACAGCAGCUUUGUCCUGCAGCACGGGACUUGGAUGGAAACGCCCCAAGUAAGCAGAUUAUCUUGCAUUAAUCUGAGAAUUCUGAAUUUAAAAACUGAAAUCAAUAAAAAUCAUGGCUGGUUGCAA